AUGUUUGACGAUCAGAUUAAUAAUAAAUCUUCUACUGAUCGGCCACUGAUCGUCGAAGGUAAAAAUGUAUGUCUGAAAUCUUUGGCACACGGAAUGAGUACACCUAACCUUGAUUACCUUAAGGCGAUUAAACUUACUGCGGAUCACAAUGACAAACUCCUGGAUACACUUAGCAAGUUUAAUAGGAAGCUAACAAAAAUUUGCCAUAAUGAGGAUGAAAUCAUUUCUGACAAGUACGCCUGCCUUGAAUGUAAUAUACUAGCAAAAGAACAACUGAUUUUAUCACAAUUAUUAGAAAACGAUAAUGAAUUCGUCGUCUAUACCGCACAAAUAUUGUUGACUCGAUGGCUUUUGCUUAUUUCUAAUAAG